CGAAGGAGUCUGUUUUAACUCUCUUCUGUUGAAAGGUCCUGACCUAUUGACUCCACUUCCACAAGUCCUAAGUCAGUUUCGUCAAUUUCCCGUUGCAGUGUGUGGAGACAUCCGGGAGAUGUUCCACCAAAUAAAAAUCCGUGAGCCAGAUCGGCAAUCUCAACGUUUCCUAUGGCGUAGCACUCCAAUUGAACCACCAACUGUAUAUGUCAUGGACGUAGCCACUUUCGGGUCCACCUGUUCUCCUGCGUCGGCACAAUAUGUGAAGAACCUCAACGCAUCGGAAGCUGCUCAACAAUUUCCCCGGGCUGCUGCCGCCAUUACAUUGAAUCACUAUGUGGACGAUUAUCUGGCUAGUUUCUUGUCAAUUAAGGAGGCGAUAGCAGUGAUCAACGAAGUCAAGCAGGUACAUGCUAUGGGUGGGUUCGAAAUACGGAAUUUUCUAUCGAACAAAUCAGAAGUCUUGCGUGGCAUAGGCGAAUUGGAAAAUGGUGUCGAAAAAGAACUUGAUUUGGUAAGAGGCGAAUCCUCUCAAUCUGUCCUUGGAAUGAUUUGGUUUCCCAAGACCGAUGAAUUUGCAUACACAUUCUCUAUGCGAAAAGAUAUUUUACCGAUUCUCGCCAAGGAUCACGUUCCUACCAAACGAGAAGUUCUCAAAGUGGUAAUGAGUUUGUUUGACCCCUUGGGACUUCUGGCCUUUUUUCUAAUACAUGGGAAAAUACUCAUUCAAAAUACGUGGCUCGAGGGAUCAGGUUGGGACGAUCCUAUCUCGAACAAACUGCAAAAACGAUGGCAGUGGUGGACUGAUCUUUUUCCGCAACUGGAGUUAUUGAGAAUUCCUCGGUGUUAUUUCCCGGCUCCGUUUCCAAUUAAUUCACACGAGCUGGAAGUACAUAUCUUCGUAGAUGCCAGUGAGCUGGCAUAUUCUUGCGUAGCAUAUUUCCGCCUGUUAACGGAGAAUAACAUUAUCGUUGCGCUUAUAAGCGCAAAGACCAAGGUAGCCCCCAUAAAGUCUCUCUCGAUACCCCGCCUGGAAUUAAAAGCGGCUGUUCUGGGCACACGCCUGAUGGAGUCUAUUAAAAGUCAGCACACACUCCCCAUUUCACGAAAAGUGUUCUGGAGUGACUCCAGCACCGUUCUGGCCUGGAUUCGAUCUGACCAUCGUCGUUACAACAAAUUUGUAAGUUUCCGAAUCGGUGAAAUACUGAGUUCCAGUGAACCGAAUGAAUGGAAGUGGGUACCUUCCAAACUGAAUGCAGCAGACGCCGCAACGAAGUGGGAGAAUGGAUCCGAAAUUAAAUCUGACAGCCGAUGGUUCCUAGGACCCAGUUUUCUGCGGUUGUCUGAAGAACGGUGGCCAAAACAAAAGUCUGUGUCAAUCACCGAAGAAGAAUUACGACCGGUUCAUACUCACUGGGAAAGAGAGCCAAUCAUCGACAUCACUCGAUUCAGUCAGUGGGCAAGAUUACUUCGUACGAUGGGAUAUGUUUUACGCUUUAUCCACAAUCUUCUACAUAAAAAACUCAAUUUACCUCCUGAAUCAGGUGUACUGACCCGAGAGGAAAUUAGAGGAGCAGAAGAAGCGCUGUGGAAAAUAGCGCAGUCAGACGAGUUUUUUGAGGAAACGAAAUUGCUGAAGGAGACCCAAGGGCCACCCCAUGCUGUACAUUGCGUCGUCGCUAAAUCAAGUCCUAUAUACCGAGCUUGGCCAUUUCUAGAUGAUCGAGGAGUCCUGAGAAUGCGGGGUCGUAUUGGUGCUACAAAAUUUGCAUCAUACGAAGCAAAAUAUCCAGCUAUUCUGCCAAGAAAACAUCCUAUAACCUUCCUAAUAACUGACUGGUAUCAUCGCCGCUUCCGCCAUGGUAAUAAGGAAUCAAUUGUGAACGAGAUGCGCCAGCGUUUCGAAAUCUCCAAACUACGGACAUUGGUGAAGAAGGUUAUGGCGAGAUGCGUCUGGUGCCACGUUAUGAAGACCAAACCGAAGUCUCCACCCAUGGCAUCACUUCCGGAUGCUCGAGUAAGCGCAUUUGUUAGACCUUUUACAUUUGUUGGGUUGGAUUAUUUUGGUCCAGUGUUCGUUCGAGUUGGUAGGAAUCAGGCCAAACGUUGGGUGGCUCUCUUCACCUGCCUCACCAUUCGAGCCGUACACUUAGAGGUAGUGCACACCCUAUCAACAGAGUCUUGCAUUAUGGCAGUUAGGCGAUUCGUUGCACGUCGAGGAUCUCCCGCCGUAUUCUAUACGGAUAAUGCGACAUGUUUUCAUGGUGCAGAUAAAGAGCUACAAUCUCAGGUCGACAUUCGAAACAGAGCUUUAGCGUCUACGUUCACCAGUUCCCAAACCAGCUGGAAAUUCAUUCCCCCUGCUGCUCCCCAUAUGGGAGGAGCAUGGGAGCGACUUGUCCGUUCUGUAAAAAUAGCAGUUGGCACAAUAAUAGAUGCUCCCCGCAAACCCGACGACGAAACUCUGGAGACUGUUUUAUACGAUGCUGAGGCCAUGAUAAAUUCUAGGCCCCUGACGUACAUUCCACUGGAAGAUGCUGACCAGGAGGCACUGACUCCCAAUCAUUUUUUGCUGGGUAGCUCUUCCGGCAUUAAAAUUGAACCCGUAGAGACAGGCAACCGCUCCAUCCUGCGGAGUAGUUGGAAACUCGCUCAGCACAUCACUGACGAGUUCUGGCGGAGGUGGGUGAAGGAAUACCUACCAGUUAUAACUCGAAGAUGUAAGUGGUUCGAAGAGACGAAAAACAUAGAGGUGGGAGAUUUGGUACUGGUCGUGAACGGUACAGGAAGGAACCAAUGGAUACGUGGACGUGUGGAACAGGUUUUCUCAGGACGCGAUGGGAGAGUUCGUCAGGCGAUGAUACGAACUGCGACUGGUGUUCUACGGCGACCGGUGGUUAAGCUAGCGAUUUUGGACGUCGAGAAAGUUAGUAAACCCAAUCAAGAGUCUACAGGGGAUCAGGACCAUUACAUGGGUUUACGGGCGGGGGUAUGUGACGGCAAAAAACCCGAUACCGAUAACACUACAGCCGCUCUAUCCAGUGAAGAUUCGAUUCCGCAACGCACUCUUCGACAGGCCACAAAAACCAAAGCAAAAUUAGAAAACAAAACGUCAAACUGAAGAUACAAAACAGAAAAGAAUUGAAAAGGAUAAAAAUUGUCGAUCAAAAGAAGAAUCGUAUCAAAAGUUUUCUAUUAUCUAAAUAAUUCAAAGUGAAAUCUUAAAUUUAAAAAUAUUCUGAAUUACAGUGGGUAAAAAACUAAAGCUAACUGGUCGUCCUGAUAGGAUCUUUCCUUUGUAAUAGCUUCACCAAAAUUGUGAGUCACAUGAGAUGAAAUCCCACCAAAUUCUAAUAAAAUGCUUUGCAGCAAAAAGUCAACCACAACCAUAUCGUGUUUUCUUUCUUGACUUGGUGCAAUCUAA